UUGGUUCCUGAUUGAGCCUGCAGUUUAUAAAAUGAUUGGGGUUUCACGAACAAAAACAGCUGUCAGGAGAAAUGAGGAGGGCGUAACACCUGCAGGUCCAUCCACGUUGCUCCAGCCCAUCGAUGAAUUCUUUCUCUUCCUCGUCUUCCUGUCCGUCGGUUUGAAAGAGAGGGACCUGGCACAUCGCUUCAACAUCCACCAGUCAACAGUUAGCCACAUUAUUGCAGCAUGGACAAGCUUUCUAGCAACUCUACUGGGGUCUGUGUGUAUUUGGCUUACACCCGCAGAAGUGCAAGCUCACCUCCCGGAGGAAUUCAGAGAAUUUCCAGACACACAGGUGAUCCUUGACUGUACAGAGCUGAGGUGUCAAACACCAUCCUCACUCCUCCAAAGUGAGAUGUACUCCAAGUCCCACUGCACCAUGAAGGCCUUGGUUGGCAUAGCCCCGCAUGGUGCAGUCACAUUCAUCUCAGAUCUGUACGCUGGUUCCAUUAGUGGUAAAGAACUCUUCAGACAAUCAGGGAUAGCUGAGCUGUUGACUGAGGACAUGGCAGUGAUGGUGGAUGAGAGCUUCCUAAUCAGUGACUGUUGCAAAUGCAAGGUGUACUGUCCAGUUUUUCUGUCAAAGCAGAAGCAGAUGCCAGCAUACCAGAUCAGAGAGACCCAGGCUGUUGCCAGGCUGAGGGUACACGUGGAGCGUGUCAUCAGGAGGAUAAAGGAGAACAAGCUUUUUGAUGGAAUCAUUGAACUGUCACAUGUCUACAAUGUCAACAAACUCUUUACAGUUGCAUGUUUGCUGUCAAAUUAUCAGAACAAGGCUUGAGUUA